GCUGAAAGGCAUGCUGGGAUAUGUGUCAUGGCGGGAUGUUUUGAAGAAGCUAACGUUAGCAGUGACGAUGCAGAGACCGGUCUCCAGUCUGCCUCUGAGUCCCGGUAUGAAGCUGAAACUGGUCGGUGCUGGUUUCCAGUCUACCGCGGACCUGAUCCUCCUGAAACCGCUUCAGCUCAGUAAAGAGACUGGUCUGUCCCAGCAGGAGGCGCUGGAGGUGCUGCAGGCUGUGAGGAAAGAUGGAGGAGGAGGGGAAGGGUCAACCUCUCUGACAGCCCUGGAGCUCCUGCAGAAAGAGGAGGAGACAAGGAGCAUCAUCACUUUCUCCUCUCAGCUGGACGCUGCUCUCGGAGGAGGACUUCCUGUCGGGAAAACCACUGAGAUCUGUGGAGCUCCGGGAGUCGGAAAAACUCAGCUGUGCCUGCAGCUGGCCGUGGAUGUCCAGGUGCCUCAGUGUUUCGGGGGGGUUGGAGGUCAGGUGAUCUACAUUGACACUGAGGGCAGCUUCCUGCUGCAGAGAGUCAUCGACGUGGCGACUGCCGCCGUCAGACACUGCUCCUUACUGGUGGAGGACGAUGAGCAGCGUGCCGCAAUGAUGACCUUCACCAUGGAGACCAUCCUGUCCAACAUCUUCCUGGUGCGUUGUCAUGACUAUGUGGAGCUGCUGGCCGAGCUCCACCUGCUGCCCGAUUUCCUGUCCGACCACCCGAGGACCCGCCUCCUGGUGAUUGACAGCGUGGCGUUUCCUUUCAGACGAUUUGACGACCUGUCGCAGAGGACGCGCCUCCUCCAGGGUCUCGCCCAACAACUGGUCGCCAUGGCAACCAGACAUCAGGUCGCUGUGGUGAUCACCAACCAGAUGACCACGCGGCUGCAGGGGAACCAAUCGCAGCUGGUCCCUGCCCUCGGGGAGGGCUGGGGCCACGCCCCCACCAUCAGGCUUCUCCUGCAGUGGGCGGGGUCACGGCGACUGGCGUCCAUCUUUAAAUCUCCAGGUAACGUCGAUGCCACCGUCCAAUACCGGAUCACCUCGGACGGGUUCAGAGACGCCGACCAAUCGGAGCAGCCGCAGAGAAAGCGGCCGCGGACACAAACUGACCAGUCGGCGUCCAGCCAGCCAGACAGACGGCUGCUGAGGUGUUUAUCUGAUGUUUGACCACAGCGAGCUGAUCAGCUGAUCACUGUGUCUCCUCCAUGUUCUCUGAUGACCUGACGUGACCUCCAGGUGUUAAACAACCAGGUCACCUGUUCUCAGGUCGAUUGUUUUGUGAACCUGCAACUGUUUCUCUUUAUCACCAUCACCUUUACCUGCUCAUGUGUCGCCAUGUUUCACUCUCAGGUGGAGUCCACUUGUUAAAGGUUUAAUACGCAGGAAACAAAGUAAAGAUAAUAAAUAAUCUCAGUCUGACCCUGUAGAGGUAUGUGGUGUAUUUAUCUACCUGGAUCAUCUCUCAGGUGUCAGACUCAGGUGUUACGCUCAGGUUUUUAUUUUCCUCUUGAAUCCAAACGUGUGUCUCUGUUUAUUAAACAGCUGUUGUGUUUUCUGA